AUGGCUGUAGUAUCCUCUAUAGCAUCAAGCAAAACUUCUAAAAUAUUUCAUCUUAUUUGGCUCGAUGCUUCAGUAAAUGAUUUUGAUCACAAUUACCAAGUUCAACAACAUCUUCGAACAUUAAUUAAUCGUUUAAGAACAUUUGAAUCUGUUGAUGUAUAUGAGCAAUACAUUCAAUCAUUAUCUAAAGAAGAUCGAAUUUUUCUUAUUACUAAUGGUCAAUUAGGUCGACAAAUUGUUUCUCAUAUAAAUCAACUGCAACAAAUUUCUUCCAUUUAUGUUUAUUGUAUGAAUAAAAAUUUCAAUGAUGAAUGGGCUAAGCAAUAUUCUAACAUAAAAUGUGUUACUGUUGAAUUGAAUGAACGUUUUAAUCAAAUUCAAUGGAAUCUAAAGCAAGAAAAACAUAAGAAAGUUAAUGAAUCAAUAUCAAUUAAUAUUUAUGAUUCAAAUGAAGAAAAAUCUUUUACAGUACAGGAAUCAUUGGUCAAUUUAUAUGUUCAGAAUUAUUAA